GUUUUCCCAUGCAAUGGCCCAGGCAUGGCACCACAAAAAGCAGGAGCUGCUCUGUGAACUCUCAAAGCAACAGGACGCUGUAAGGAACACUCAUGGAGGCCCGGAAGGAGUGCUGGUUGUCUGAAAGCAAGGUCAAGAAAUACAAAUUGAUCACCGCUGUGCAGACAUUCGCACUCCGUCAUAAGCUAAAUGACCUUAAGGAAAUGCAGAAAGUCCUGGUCAAAAAGGAGAAGGAUCACAUGAAAGCCUGUGACAGAUUCAAGAAAAUGCAUCUUGUGGAGAUUAAAAUGCGGGAGACAGUUCAUAAGAUUCGAGAAGCUACAGGGCCCAAUAUUGGCAGAGAUUAUCACUGGCAUCCAUCGCCUUAUGAAGGCUUACAGGCAGCAUGUCAGCGAUGAAGAAAUUGGCAGGUUAGCUCGGAUCAUUUACAAGCAAACCUGCAGACAAUAUCUGUACGACUAUAUAGAGGCCGAGCCCUGCCAAAAAAUAUGGAUUAAGGCACCAGCUCUCAUGGACAGCAAGAUCAGCAAAAAGGGAACGCAAACGGGGAAGCCUGUGUACCCGUAGGAAACUCACUUGUCCGGUAUGGUGACCACAAACCCAACUCGCAUUCAGCCGGGAACAGGAACUAAACCCUGUCGUCUUGGUCAGAAGCGAGUGUUCCAACCACUGCGCUAGCCAGACAGCUGAAACACUGUACUGUUAAUAAGAUGCGAUUAUAAGGACUAUAAUAUAGUAAGCAUAAUCGCGGCGGUCGGUGUGAUUCUUCUGCUGAUGGGAAAUUUACAAGUCGCUCCUCUCCAUUCCCUCUGUACCGCCUUUGUCUUCCAAUCUUGCCGUCAUAGGUGGUCGUUCAGAUUCCAUUACAGUCUCCCGGUCACAUAACGUUUUUGUGCUACUGUCGACCGGAGGCACAUUUAUAGUUUUCAUUGGACCACCAUUUCGAUGUCUGCUUUUCUACAUAGAUCCUUUUUUGACGUUUGAUGCUGCUUCCACGUCCGUUUUUUAACGUUAUAGUUUAACGAUAAUAAGUGUUGAAAUAUUCGAAAAAAUAGGUUAUCACUUAUUUAUGAUUAGAAUACAUGGACACACGGUUUUUACAGUUUUAACCGGAAGUCAUAUCAAUGUAAUUUUUUCAUGGGACAAGAAUAGAAGUGAAGAAUGUAAAAAGUAAAU